UUUUUGGCUGCGUUAUUCGGGAGGACGAUUCGGUCGGGGGUGGAAGCGUUUCCAUCUUGGUUUACCUGGGCGAAGCUGGACGACGAGUACACUGCGCAUGCGCCACUUAUCUGCGACGAGCCACAUCUGACACCAUGCAUUGAUUGAUGACUGACAGUGAGAGGCUGACACGCUAAAGGGAAUCUACAAUCUCGGCCCUUGAAGCAGCCAUGGGGGAGGCGACGCAAGUUAGUUCACUGCCGCUGCCGCCGAUGCAGUAUGUUGGCCUCUACACAGAUGAAAACGUGCAGCGUGGACGAGCUCCGUCGCCACCUAGGCCACUGCAUGAAGGCUACUCCAUGUUCGGUGCUCCAUUUCAUGGGGAUGAACCUGUCAUUCGCCCUUUGGAAAGCCAAGGUAUACGGCGACUAUACCCACAAAACUACGAGCACAAGAAAGAGCUGAAGAAGCUCAACCACUCGCUGCUUGUCAACUUCCUUGACAUGGUUGACAUCUUGAUACGGUGUCCUGACACUUCCAAGCGGCUAGAGAAGAAAGAUGACAUGAGCUUACUUUUCAUCCACAUGCACCACCUGAUCAACGAGUACAGGCCUCAUCAAGCCAGGGAGACACUCCGAGUUUUGCUCGACAUGCAGAGGCGGCAGCGGCUAGACACAGCACAUAGAUUCCACAAACACUUGGACAAGGUGCGCGAAAUCCUACAGAACACAGUGAGUGUUCUCCCUGAACCAGAGCCAACUACCACCUGGCAACAGCCAGUUCAGACCACAGGUGCAACUGGAACCACUCAGGGGCAGCCACCUGUGCAGGGACACUGUCUCAGCCAAGACCGUAUUAUGUGUGGAAUAGUGGAUGCUCUGUGACUGCAAUAGCUGGUACUGACUGCAUUGAACACAAGACACUCACGACACAAAGUGCAUGGUGUAUAGAAAGAUUGAAGUUGAAGCACUGUGAAAACUGAUCCACAGCGCAGAAAAAGGUGGAAAAGUUGGUCCUCUGUACAGUUAAAAAUAAAAAUAAAGUAUAUGCACUCGUUGGUGAUGCAUGAGGGGAGUGGCAGGGUUGAGGUUAAUAUAAGAUUGUCUAAUGAACAUGUGGUGGCUGUAAUAGUGCAGCACAUGCCAUACAAUUGUGCAUGCAAAGCAGUUUUGCAAGGUAAUUUUGAUUUUAAAGACAAAUCGUGUGUAUUUUUCUGUGCUCGUUCAGAGAGCAGGAAAAUUGAAUAAGGUCAUUUUAUGUCAAAGGCAAAUCGUGUGUAUUCUGUGCUCAUUGAGAUACUUGAGAGACAGCCAAAGAGAUUCAAUAAAUAUGAAUGGUGAACUA